CAAUCUCCUCCACGCGCAUUCCACAAUGACGAACGGAGACAGGUGCGCGCCCCCGGCCCAGCGCUCGGCCGCCCCCGUGUCCGUCCUCUUCGUCUGUCUCGGCAACAUCUGCCGCUCCACCAUGUCCGAAGGCGUCUUCCAAAGCCUCACACGCCCCCCGCAUGCGCAGCCGCAUGCCCUCAUCCGAGACAUCGACUCCUGCGGCACAGGCGCCUACCAUGUCGGCGACGGUCCGGACUCGCGCACCAUGCAGACCCUCCGCAACAAGGGCAUAACGCGCUACACGCACGCGGCGCGCAAGUUCAGGGCUAGCGCAGACUUCGCCAACUUCGACUACAUACUCGCCAUGGACGACAGCAAUCUCGCAGACCUGCUGGAGCUGCGCGCGCGCGAGGUGAAGCGGCGGGGCGGUGAGGAGGAAGGCGUGGGCAGGGUGAUGCUGUUUGGGGAGUUUGGGGGGAAGAUGAGGAGGGGAGGGAGGGGAGAGGAGGUCCAAGACCCGUAUUAUGGAGGCAAGGAGGGGUUCGAGGUGGCGUAUGAGCAGGCGGUCAGGUUUUCGAGGGCGUUUCUGGAGAGGUUGGAGAACGGGGAGCUGAGUUGAGUCGAUUCGCGAUUGUGCAUGGCAUGGGAUGGUGAAGCGAGUGAGCGGCUAGCGACGUUGUGAUACCCCGGAUAGACAUGAAUGCACGGCGUUGUAGACGGC